UGCAGCCCUCUGUUCAAAAGGUUUGCCCACCCCUGGCAUAGGACAUCCGUGGAUAAAUUAGUUCAUUACAGCCUGUUAGUUUAUAGCUCUCGACUCUUCAGCAACUGAAAUCCAAAUUCUGGUGCAAUUGGGCUUUGACAGAGAAAUCCUUUUUUGUUUCAGUAAGUGGAGACAAGAUGGGUAAGGUUUUUUUUUUUUUUUAUUGGACCAAUUUCUGAUGGUGAAAGAGACAAGCUUUCAAGCUUAUGCAGAACUCUUGUUCAGGUGUGUAAGCAGAGGAUUUGCUAGGACAGAAAUUGCAGUUUGCACUUGCUGUUUGUUGAAUCAAUCUGGGAUUUUCAUUCUUCAGUAUAAUCAAAGUUCCAUCAUUUCCAUGUUUUGUGAGCUCGUUCCACUCUGUUACAAGAGGGAGGAAGUCUGUAUGAGCUUGGGUUAUAUCAAGCACAGACACAAGACACCACACGGUUUACAAAAAUAGAACCUCCAAAUAGCUGGAACUCUUUUAACGUUAAAGGUUUAGGGAUAUUUUGAGGCCUGUUUCUGUGUCGGGGUGUGUUUCAUAGGCCGCAGUGCUGCUGCCCCUUUAAGGCCUGUUUGUGUGUAGGGGUGUGGGUGCAGGGACUGCUCUGAGACAGAAACAUUAUUUGAAUAUUUAUGAGCUGAUGCUCUGAAGGCAAGUGUGACAGAAAAAGUCAAUCCCUGCUGCUCUUGGAGCCUAAAAAUCACUUUACCAGGCAGCUUCUCUCUGCCAAGGACUCUGACUGGAAGCACUGGAAACAGGCAAGAUACUAAAGUGGAAGAUGGGAGGAAGGUAUUCAAGUCCACUGGACGGAAGACAGCGCAGGUACCUGAGAGGUCGCACUGAUGCCACAGUGAAGAAUUUCAUGCCCUAUUAUCAGAGGCAACUUGCAACCACCUUUCUGAGACGGGUCUCAAAGGAGCUGGACUCGCAAGGCAAACCUGCUGUACAGCUGCUGCAGAGCAAACUCCAGAAGCCACCUGACGCUCUUCUGCAUGAGGGAUUCCUGACGCAGUAUAAUGGGGACACCUGCAAGUGGAAGAAAAGUUAUUUCAUUUUGCUGGGAAACUGUACCCUGGAGUGGUUUGAUAGUAAAGAGGCCCAGGGAAAAGGAUAUAAGCCCAGAGGAUCCACCUCUCUGUCUGGAUACUUGCUGGUGACCUCACUGAGCGAAUACAACAGGCUGAUUCAUAGUCUCUGCCAGGGAUUAGUAGUUGACUACACCCACCAAGACCAAGACCCCUUAAAUGGGCCUCCAGAAGAGUUUCUGCUGUUCCUUUAUCAUCCGUUCCGAAAGUCCUUCUGUUUCUGCACAAACUCUGCAAAAUCCCAGCAUGCCUGGAAAUCUGUCCUUCGAGAUGGGAUCCGAUAUUGCAGCACAGUUUUACAGAGACAGGACUCCUUUGAAGUAGAGGCUUUCCUGGAAGCUGUGCGAUUUUACAGGCAAGAGAAAGGUUGUUAUGGAGCAGGGGAUCUCCUCCUGGGAACAGAGCCUGAGAUUCUCAGUAAUGUGCUGAUGGAGGAUUUGCUUCCAGUGCUGCAGUCUCAGGUCCCCCCAAAUCUCAAAGGAUCAGAAAACAGGAAGAAACAGACCUGGUGCCAGUUCCUAGAGGAGGUUUAUACAUUGGUCCUCAGCCAGAUCUCCAGCGAAUUUCUGGAUUUUCAGAGGGAGAAUGAGAAACUCCACAUUCAGUUGGAAAAGAAGAUUCGCCCUGAUCUGGAUCAGAUGCUGAUUUUAAAGGAUCAGAUAUCUAUAAAACUCCAAGCGGUGAUCCAGAACCCAGUGGAAUCCUGCUGUCACCUUGGAGUAGAGCCUGAUCUGGACUGUGUGAUGGAGGAGCUCAUACGCCCCAUCAGCUUAGGAUUUGAUGUGGUGCGUUCACUCUUCACAGACAGAAUUGAUGAGAUGAUCAGACACGUGCAGAGUUUGCCUACCACAGUCUUCCAGGAAGAGGUUCUCACGCUUGGGGAAAUGCCCUGGAAACCUGGAUUCAUGGAGCCAUGUUACGAGGAGGCUAAUCUCUACAAAGACAGUCUGCAAGGACUGAAGGAGAAAUUUGGCUUUCACGGUGUGACAAGUUUAGUUCUCAGAGCCCAAAACCUCAUGCAGCAGCUAAUGCAGAAUUCGGUCCAUACAUUCCACCAGCUUUCAGAGCAACAUCUGAGCUUGGCAAUUAACCACAACCAAAUCACCCAGACUCUGGAAAAGAUCAAAACUCGUGUGCUGAAGAAAUUUGACCAUGACAGCAGUUCCACCAGGAAGCAGUUUGCACAAGAGUGGCUAGUUCAGAUCUUUCUUCCCUUUCUGCUGAAGAAUCUGGAGCCCAGAUGUAAACUGGAGCUGCCCAAGUAUGAAAAUUACGUGUUUGCUGACUUCAGUGGCAUCAUCAAUGUUGAAAAUAUUUAUGAAGAAAUGGUUCUGGCUGUUUUGCAGCAGGCAGUCACCAAAGCCUUGAAAGAGGCUUCAAGUCAAAACAGACAUAAUCUUUACAGUGACAGCUUCUCCUGUGUUCUGGAUAGCGUGGACAACUUGCUGCAGCAGGACAGAGCCCAGGAACACUGUGAAAUAAGGACAGGAGCCUUGGAUGGUAAUGCCACAUCAGACACCAUGAACCUCAUGUCCUGUCAAGUCAGUGAGACCACUUCAGAUAAGAAAGCAUGGAAAUAUGAAGGAAGCUCAGCUGGGGCUGCAAAUCCUCCCAAAGAUAAAGGGCAGUUCUGCCCAGUAACUUCCCAUUGCCAUAAAGAAGCAGAAAAAUCAUUGAAGGUGUUGUCUGAUGGUAGGAAUUGGAGACACAAGAAGGCCUUGGAACCAGACAUGGGAAGCAGCUGCAUUACUGAACCUGCAGGACAUGUUGCAGAGAAGAUUGCAGUUGUGUCUGAGGCUGAAAACAAUAUGUGCACAGGGGACCCAAAUAAAAACAAGUGUAAUUACAAGUCAUGGAACCCUUUUGCAAGGAGCAAAGAUCUACAAGAGCCACAGAACAUCAUAAAUGAACAUUCUGUAGACAAAGCUGCUGUAGAGAAGAUACAAGAGGAAUGGGGGAGGGUGGUGUUUGAGCAAGGAGGUCAAGGGCAAGACGGAGAAUUAGAGUUAAAUCCAGCUUGGAUUAAAGGAGCAGGACAGAGUGGUAAGAAUAACCAAAAAUACAGAGAGUUAUUGCAGGAUCAGGAAGGUCCCUGUGAGGAAUCUUGUAACUACACUUCUUUUGCAAGUACAAGUAUGUCCAAGAACCAGAGUCCAAGUCCAGGCAGUACAAAUUCUGACAACUCUCAAGCUAAGUGUUGGCCUAAUACGAAUUCAUUGCAGGUUAUGGGUUUGGACAGAGAUACAUAUAGGGACAAUGGAGGUUUAACAGGGGGAAAAUUACAAAUAUCAGCAACAAAUCAUGUGGCAUCAAUUGAGUGGGAUGGAGACAAGUUAGGAGAAAAUCAGAGCAGUUGGGAAAUGCAAACAAUAUCAGUGGGUGAAGGCAAAUGCAGGGUCAGGGAAGCUUGCAAUGGGCAAAUGAUCUCUCCCGGUCAAUUUUCUGUGAAAGAAACGAGGGAUGCCACUUGGACACACCGACUUCAGGAACGUGGUGAUGAAAUGAUCACAGAAUUACAUGUCCAAAAGUUGGUUCCUCUGGAGGGUCUGGAAAGAAAGAUCUGUCAGCUGGAGCUAGGACACAACGUUCAGGAGGAAUUCAAGGGGCAUAGGCAUGCAGGUGGACUGGAUGAAGGUAAGUCUGCUCCCUUUUUACUCACUGGAAGCCUGAGAUACGAAGAUGAGCAUGAGGGUCCGGUCCCUGGGCACCAAGAAGAAUCUAGUCAAGUAACCUGCCAGACCUUGCAGUCCCAACAGGAAAUGAACAAGGAGGAGAUGACAGAGGCAGACUUCAAUGAGCUAGACAAGACUGCUUUUCUAGAGUGUCUAUCCAUAGCUAUUGAAAUGGAAAUCUUCCAAACAGAUCUGCUGGAAAUGGAUCUCGAAGGCACCAGAGAUCAGGAAAGUGGUUGUCAACAAACUGAACCUCUGAAAUAGAAGUACAAGGAGCAAGACCCAACUGACAUUGACCAUCAUGGAGCAGAGACACGACAAAGCUUAAUACACACAUUCAACUUUCCUGAUACAAUGAUGGAUGCUUCAUAUCCCUAUAUUAGCAAAUAAUGGAGAGUGCCAAGGCAACUGAGGCUAUGAAUGGGUUGCCAUUUGCAGGUUAUCACAGGUGGUUCAGUAGCACUGACCAAGACUUAGUGGGAGAUGCAGAGAUUUUCAGUCUCAAGGCCUUACGAAUGUGAACUGAAAGAACUGGAAUUGGUCUGGCUUAUCAGAGCAGAAAACUAAGCAAAAGUUGAGGGAUUGGAAAGGAACGAACUGCUCCUUUGUGAACAUUUAUGUAAGACGUAAUAUUUAUGCAUCUCAUAUAGUGUAUCUUAAUACUCUCAUGCUCUUAAUUCUCACCUUUCUGCCCUUUGUCCCGGUGUGGCUUUUCAUUCUAUUAGUAAGUGAUAAUACUGAAGGUGUUCGUAAGGGGCCUUCAAGUCAGGGUAUGUACACAAUACAGUAUUCUGUGGUUAUCUCAUGGUUUUGAUGUCCUGAAACAGUGUUUCAGAGAGAGACAACAGAAAUUCUGCAGCUACAAAAACAUCAGUAAACCUUCCCCAGUUUCUUUAAACAACAGCAUACACUGAUACAGUUUCUGUCCUGUUCCCAGGGCCAGCUGUAGGCACCAGCGUUCCAAGCAUGUCUUGGGGCGGCACUUCUCAAGGGGCGGCACUCCGUUUUUGUUUUUGUUUUUUGCUUGGGGCAGCAAAAAACCUAGAGCCGGCCCUGCCUGUUCCACUCCCUUUGUGACUCAAGAGAGUGAAGCCUAGCCCCAUUCUGCUAACUUGGGGCUUCCUGCGAGUACAGAGCUGACACAGUCAGAUCCUCUCACCCUCCUUGGAGCCCCCAGUGCAGUAGCGGGGAUGGAGGUUACUAGGAAUGGAAGAGGAAGUAGCUGGAGUGUGCUUCGCUACAGCCAUGCUCAGGUGAAAAAUUGGGGCUCCACGUUAUAAACUGCCAAGCAUAAAUUCAAAACAAAAAAUCUGCUCCACUGUAUCUAGCUGCUUCGUAUUUGUUUCUUCCAAGGCAGUUAUAGCAGGGGAAGACAGUGAAGUGGGGUCAUCACUGAUACUCUGGGCCCAACCCUGCUGCUGUUGAAAUUAACUCACGGAGUUCAAUGAGCAGGAUUGGGCCCAUUGUGUAAUAAGGCUGAAGGAGACUGUCUUACAGUGACCACAAGGAUACCUAUUUAAUCCGUUUAUUACAUGUUUGCUAAGCUGGACUGACCCACAGAACCUGAAGUUCAUUGGAAUAGUUGCCAUAACAGAGGUAAUAUCUGUUUUAUAUGUAAAACUUCACCCCAAAAUAGAAGCUACUAAUUUAAAACUUCAGAUAUGUAAAAACCCCUUAGUGAAUUUUUAAUAAUGUUCAUGCCUCAUGCUGACCUGUAAUUUGCUAAGAGAAGGGAACUCUGUCUAGUAUAAUCUUUUUCUAAUCCCCAUCAUGCUGUUAAACUUUUAAGUUUUUAAACUUUUAUUACAAUAUAUGGCUUAUUAUUUAAUCCAUAAAAGCCUAUGUAUCUUAUACCAACAGGUAUUUACAGUUAAGUACUAAUAUCGUUAGUGGUGUAAAAAUAUGUAAUCUGGUGUAGUUAUUUGAAUAAACCUAUUAACAUUCAAAGUGUGGUGUUUACAAAACUCUCACUUUAUAAUUUUGUGCUUUUCAAAAAGGAAACAAAUGCAUUCAUGUUUCUGUAUUUGAUAAACACAAUUUCUUGUGCAUCCACCCCACUGAGAUGACUCUUAACUGAUAGUCAAAUGAUACUAACCAUUUUCCAUGUACUGAAUUUGCACUGAUUGAUAAGAAUCAAAUCACCGGCUUUUAGGUUGCAAUUACUUUACUAACUGCAUUCAGUUCACAUCUUGCACUUUGAAAUUUGGUCUUAUUGAAACCAUGGUCUUUUAAGACCCCAGUGCUAACCUAGUUAUUCAUUCUCUUCAGUACAGGUUUUGUACAAUUCCACAUGGUCCAUUUGUAGGAAACUGAAAUGUAUGCCUUACUUCUUGUUCAAAACACCUGUUUUCCAGUUCAAAUUGGUUGCAUUAGUGAGUUGGUGGUGGUUGGUUUUGGAUGAUAUUGCAUUUUUGCUGUAUAUUUUUAAAGAGAAAAUGUAACAUUAGCCACUGUUGUCAGCUGAUACUGACCUUGACCACAUGAUGAGUUUACUUCUUGCAACCCUCCCGCCUGCCACAAGAUGGGGGCUAGGAAAUAAAGACCACUCUAACCAGUAGGCCUGUUUCUGUCACAUUUCCUGUCUGGCAUUAAAUAUGAGGCAAGAUAGUAUAGAGUUAUUCAUUGUAUUGAUUAAGCUUCAUAGUAUGAGCACAUUUGGUAGUGGAUUAAGUGAUGUGAUUAACAUCUGUCACAUAGUGGUUCUCUCUUCCUCUCUCCCUGGGGGAAAAGUGUGCAGUGGAAUUUUGUUCUGGAAUUUUUUUUUUAUAAUAUAUAUACACUGUUGAAAUAAUUGAGCAUAAAAAUUUAGCCAAAGUGUAAACUCAACUGUCAAAAGUAUAUAAAAGUUCAUAACGUUACAAUAAAUUAUAAGAAGUGGUGAUGAGAAAAGUACAUAAGGCAGACAGAUUUCAAAUUAGUGCAAACAUACUAGGCCAACUCAAUAUGAUUCAAGGACUGUGUUGAAGUGAACACUUGUUAAAAACAGGAAAUGUAGAGCUGGAAGUUAAGGAGCCAAUUGGUAUAUUGGAUAUUAGGCCUGUUGGAGGGUAUAGACCAUCCCUUCGUUAUUUUGUCCACCAUCACUCUCUUUUUGGGUCCUUAAAAGAAAGAUUGUGUGGCGAAAGUGUUAAAGGACAGACAGAGGCUUCUGGAAUGAGCUUCACCAUUGUGGCUGCUAUCCCCACUGUUUCCUGGGACCCUGGGCCUUUGUCACCCUGAUCCUGAGACAGGGGGACCCAGAUCAUCACCCCUACAAGCUCCACAUGAAUCCCAAAAUCACCUCGGAUAACAGUUAUCAUCAUCUUUGGUACCAGCAAUGAGACUGUCAAACGAGGGCUUUUCCUUCUAAGAUUGGACUUUGGCAGCAGCAGCAAAGACAUCUCCAGCCAAUCACAACUACUUCUCUUUUCCUCAGAAAGACAGUUACCACCAUGUUUGGUAACAUCCAAGAUACUGUCAAGCAACAGGGGCUUUUUCCUUCUGAACACUAGAUACAGCUAAAGAAAAAAGGAAUAUUGUUAAACUAAAGCCUCCCUUAAUGCUACAUUUCAAAUGCUUUUAACUGUUUUUUCUUCUUUUCUCUAGCUUUAAUAAAAGGUUAACAUGAUUUCUAAUGGUGUUUUUGCCAUAGUAUAAGUAGGGUGAUGUCUGUAUUCCAAGCUUUGGAUCUAUUUAAGCAUGUUUAAUGUUGUACACUUUCUGGGUUAUGUUAACACCUCUGAUGCAUUUAUUCCAUCUAAAUUAAACAAAGCACCAGCUGGGUGGUUGUAUUAUCUCAGAGAAGGCAAGGUCAAAGAAAUGGUCCUUGCCAUUGGAGAAGGUUGGGAGGUUUGUGAUAGACCUUGUUUGUGGGGGAGUUACUUCCACACUCUUGGCUGGGACCUCCAGAAAUC